GUAGGAGGCGCGGCUGGAUGCGCGCGGGUGCCCUGCGGGGCCUCCGGCCACCAGGCGGCAGCGUCUGCGAAGCCCGACGGGCAGGCCCGACCGGCCCCACCGAGCGUCGUCAUGGCAACGAAGGUCGUACGGCGCCUGCGCGCGGCGCAUCCGGAAGUGACAACACCGGAAGGGAUGCACGCGACUGCGCCAUGGCCCGGGAGGCGGUAGGGCGGCCGGCGGAGGAAACUUUCUCGCUCUGGAAACGGGAGCAAGCCCGGCUGAAGGCCCGCGUGGUGGACCGGGACACGGAGGCGUGGCAGCGGGACCCCGCCUUCUCGGGCCUGCAGAGGGUCGGGGGCGUGGAUGUCUCCUUUGUGAAGGGCGACAGUGUCAGCGCCUGCGCCUCCUUGGUGGUGCUCAGCUACCCUGAGCUCGAGGUGGUGUAUGAGGACUGCCGCAUGGUGAGCCUGACGGCCCCCUACGUGUCGGGCUUCCUGGCCUUCCGAGAGGUACCCUUCCUGGUGGACGCGGUGCGGCGACUGCGGGAGAAGGAGCCGUGCCUCAUGCCCCAGGUGCUUCUCGUGGAUGGAAAUGGGGUGCUCCACCACCGAGGCUUCGGGGUGGCCUGUCACCUCGGCGUCCUCACAGACCUGCCGUGCGUUGGGGUAGCCAAGAAACUCCUGCAGGUGGAUGGGCUGGAGAACAAUGCCCAGCACAAGGAGAAGAUACAACUUCUGCAGGCCAGAGGAGACUCAUUUCCUCUGAUGGGAGGCUCUGGGACCAUCCUGGGCAUGGCCCUGAAGAGCCACGACCACAGCACCAAGCCCCUCUAUGUCUCUGUGGGUCACAAGAUGAGCCUGGAGGCGGCCAUGCGCCUGACCCUUGGCUGCUGCAGGUUCCGGAUCCCAGAGCCGGUGCGCCAGGCUGAUAUCCGCUCCCGAGACUACAUCCGCAGGACCCUGGGAGUCCCUGGGCCCCCCGCCCCAGGGCGAGAGAGGAACCAGAAGGCACAGAGGCCAAAGGCAUGCCCCAAGGAGGGCUCAGAAGAGCCUGCAGGUGAGGGCAGGCCCCCUGAGGCCCACAGCGCAGGCCCCAGAACGCACCAGAAAGCCCCAGACCCAGUCGCCCAGGAACAGUAGGGUGUGGGCUGGGGACGGAGCUGGACGACACCAUGAAAACUCUCAGGCUGCCUGCCGCCCCCUCCAGCUUUGGAGCAGUAACUGGCCCUGGGGGAAUCGCCCCCACAGCAGCAGAUGGGGUGCCAGGCCCUGAGCACAUGGCACGCAGCCCACUGGAGUGGCUGCCCCUCCCGCUGCACCGUUGGUCACGAGGGCUGGGCCAGCCCCGAGAGAGCUCAGCGGAAAGCGUUGCUCACAGAGCAGAGCGGCAGACCUGGCGAGCGUGUGAGAUGAUUUCCUGGGAGCAUGGGAAGGGGAUUGAGGGUUCAUGGGUUUCUUUUGGGUGUUUUUGUUUUGUCCUGAAAGUACCAGGUGGGCUUGCGAAUGCCAACUGCAGGUCCGUCUACAGCUCCUCCUGGGCCAUUUCUCCUUCCAGUACACGCGCCGUGGCUUUUUCUGCUUUUGCUUUUGUUCUUUUGUAAACCGCCACCCCCCCCCCGCCCCCCGCCACACUGAACCACCUCUGCCUGACCUGGGAGGGAUCCAAGCUGAGGUGGCCGGUGUCGCGCUCAGCCCCUGGCUGCCCUGCCCACCUUCCACCUGCCUGCUGCUGGCACACACCAGGGCUGGGAGGAAGAGGAGAAGAGCAUCACCUCAGCCUGGAGAGGCCCAAGAGUGGGGAGUACACGCGGGCAGUGUGGUGCCAGACUGAGGGGCUGGGUGUCAGGCCCUGCAGCCCUGGCCAGGGGCCCUGAGGGUGGGCAGCCCCAUCUGGGAAGCUGGUGGAGACCGUGUCCCCAGUGGGUUCGAGUACUCAGAGCUCUCCCCAGAUCCUGUGAGCACAGCGCCCUCCCCUGCCAGCUUCCUGCCCAAGAGGCCCAGCCUCAGAAGUCUCCGCUGCGGCACAGCAGCUCUGCCGCACCCCAACUCCGGCCUCUGGCCACCACUUCCCUCUCAGUGUGGGCUGGAAGGCGCAGCUGAGAGGCCGAGGGUGAGGAGCAUGGCCCACAGGCCCGGGGCACCCCCAGCACCCCCAGCCUUCCACCUACCAGCUCGCCCCACACCCGCAGUCUCCCUGAGGACUCUGGAAUCUGCUGAGAGGCAUGAAGAAACCUGUGGAGACCGCUCUUGCCUUUCAUUGUGCCUCUCAAGAAGGAGCUGGUCAUCAUGGUUUGACAGCUUGGGGUGGAGGGAGGCCACGGUCUCAGCGUGCUCUCCAUGCCCCCUCUGGUAUCUCUCCUUUUGUUCAUGAUGAGAAGUGAGCUCUCCUCUGGGGCCCGGACCCCUCGGAGAGGCAAAGGGGACAGGUGAGCCAGGUAGUCUGUCGUUUGGGCCGGCAGGGUUCUGUCCCCUUUCCCUCCUCCUGAAGCCCCCUUGUGAGGCGGGGCCGCAAGUGGGGGCUGUGGGGAGGCUGAGCCUGGGGGGCCUGGCCCACUUGAUGGCAGUGGCCCCUAUUUAGGACAUUUCAGUAGGAAGCGGAGCCACCCAGGUGGCUCUGGGCUCCACUCGAUGGCCCACCGGGGUGAGCAGGUUCCAGCAUGUUCCAUAGGUGCCUUUGAGGGAACUCCUGUAGGUGGGAAGGGCUGACCCAGGUUCUGACCUCCAGUCCUGCUCAUGCCGCCUCCCCAGAGGUCCGCCCUGGCACCUCUGCUCCUGUCUCACCUCAGUUUACACUCUCCUCCCAGUCCUGGGACUGAGAAAGCCCCUGUUCAUCACAGCCGGGGCUGCAGCGGGGGCCUCGGCUCCCCCUCCUCCUCAGCUGGCCCUGGGCCGUCUGCCAGCCCACCCCGGCUCCCAGAUGCUGUGCCUGUGGCUUUAGACCCUGCACCGCAGCCCCUGUGGUUUUCGGCUCACCUCUGUGCACGUGUGGUGCUGUGGUGCCCCAGGACCGAGACACACACGUCUGGCUCUUGGGAGAGAAGGGGGAACGCAGCAUCCGAUGGAGCUCUGAGAGCAGGUCCUCCUGGUCAGAACCUGUUUUCUCCCAGGGGUGUAAACACCUGCUUCAUCAGCUUUGGGUGGGAUUAAGUGUGAGAAUAUGCAGAAAGUGGCUUUCCUGGCAGUGGACACACAGUUCCCAGUAAGCGAAGGAAGGGUUGGAGUCCAGCAGCAAGCUGGGCCCCAGAAUGAGACAGUGGUCGGGGGAGGGACAGCCUGGCCACCCAGCGUCUGUCCUGUGGAGCCCUGUCUGAGUUGUGAGGGAGCGCAGGGCCAUCUUCCUAAAACCCCUGAUGGUCACCGGGCACAAGCAGGCCUGGGCGGGGCUCCUCCAGCGGGUCACAUGUCGACUAAGUGCAGCCAUGGCCUGGGGGCCACAAGGGAGGGGGCAAGAGCUAGUAGUGCUGCACCAUUCUCACCCUGGAGCCGGGGCUUAGGCACCCCCCGUACUCGUCCCCAGACCCAGUGAGGUGCGGGUGAGGCAGGUGUGUGGCCCUGGGAGGAAAGGGCCAAAGCAGGACGGGGAGGACGGGAUGGGCUGGCCUUGCCCGGAGCAGGGUGUGGGGCUCUGAGCAGGGGAGGUGCUGGCUCCAUGUGGCUCCAGCAGUGCCCAGAUUUCAGCCCAUCCCCAAAGUGCCCAUGGGCAGGGGAAGCAGUGACACUUGGCUGGGGCUGCAGGCAGCAGCUGCCUCUUCCUACUCACCUCCUGAGCCCAAGGGCACCGAGCCACCCCAGGUGUGCCCCAAGCCUGGGGCCCAGGUUGCUGUGCCCAGGGUGGCCAGGCCAAGGGCCCUCAGGAGACUCAGCCCCAGCCUGCUGCCUGUGCAGGUCCUGCCAGCAUCCCCAACAAAGCUCUUGGCCCUCCCUGCCUGGUGUUCCACAGCCACUGCCCUCCUAACUUCUUCCAGCUCUUUCCCUGCCCAGAGCUCAUCAGGACCAGGGGGUGGGGGAAUUGGGAGCACAGGAUGGAAGGCAGGCAGAGCUGGGUGGGCCAGGCUGCCCUGUACUGACUGGCUCUGGGCAAAGCUGGGAGCCUACCAUGGGGAUGAUGCCCAUCCUGCCUCACCAGACAGCUGCACCCUGUGUCGAAUGGAUGUGGCCUGGAGCCUGACACAGUCAGUCCUUGACAAGGGAAGUGACACGUUUAGAGGAGUGGGGCCACAGAGGCCAGAGUUCAUGGCUGUAAGUUUGCCAGGCCAUGCUAACUGGUGACAAGAAGAAGCAGGAAGGUAAAGGAGUCUUUGUCUUCCCCCAGGCUCCUCACGCCACCCCAAGCUCCAGGACACAGGUCCUGUGAGGGCUGCACAGGCAGGACCCUGCUGCCCACCCGCCCCACGCCCAGGCUACAGGAAAACUUCCCAGGAGUGCUGGGAGGCUCUGGGUAACGUCCGCAGCACCAGCUCGCGGGGACCCACUUCUCUCUAAGGGA